AUGCUUAGUGAAGCAUUAUGUUCGGCAGCAGACAAGGAUGAGAGAAAGAAGCACAUUCCGAUGGUUGAUCGUACACCCCUUCAACCGCCACCGAUCAUCGUUGCCAUUGUUGGCCCUUCAAAGCAUUAUGUUCGUCAUACGUUGACCGAAAUCCGAGGCCCAAUCACAAUUGUUACGGGAAAAACACGACGUGUGACAUUUGUUGAAGCCAAAGUUAAGCAUACAAAAAAGCUACUCAAGCAUCGUUUCUGGACAGAAGUUUAUCAGGGUGCAAAAUUGUUUUACUUGUCCGGGCUGAUAAACGAACAGUAUCUGAGGAACGAAAUUAGAAAUUUGGCACGAUUUAUAUCUGUGACAAAAUUUCGACCGUUGAUUUGGCGAACCACUCAUCCUUAUAUCACUGCAAUACCUGACCCAUGUCCAUUGCCGUCGAAUGAAAAGGCAAAACGGUCGUUGAAUGAACGGAAACGAGUGAUUUAUGCACCUUUUUCGGGUCUUGGUGGCAUUGUUUAUGAUAAGGAUGCCAUUUACAUUGAGACUGGUGGUUCACAUUCUUACAAAAGGGCUCGCCGACAUGAGCUUGUAGAAGCGCUGGAAACCGUGAAAGAGGGUAUCGAUGAAAAAAUGCAUAAAAGAGCACUGAGAAUGGUGGCCAGCUCCAAAGUUUCUAUUGUCGAUAAUGGUGAAAGCACAAGCGAAUACAGCAGCUCUGCUGAUGAGAGCGGCGAGGAUGAAGGUAACAGCAGUGAGGAAGAAGCGGAACUGGGUACUUUCGAGCAGAAGGAAAUUACCUUGGUGCAGGAAGAGAAGCAAAGGCCGGCGAACGAUUGGUCUGAGCUCUGCGCUCGUGUUGGUUCACUUUACAACGACAGCAGCAGCAGCGAGAAAUCUCGAUUGAAUUGGGCUAAGCUUGUUUAUUCUAGCUCUGCCACUGCUCGUUUUUCAGCAACGCUAAAGGACGAAGCGGAAGAGCCACAAGAAAAGGAUGAAAUGCUUGGAGGCCUUUUUAAAGUUGCAGCUCGGAGCAGGAAGACUGUCGACUGCAUGGUAAAUCAUGGAUCUAAUAAAAUAUGGAUUAUUUUGAGCUUAAUAGCCUCAAUUAGAAUACAUUUUCGGGAGGGGGGAGGGUGGGGGAAGGGUUACUCCAAAGUCCAUUUGUGGCUCUGAAA